UAAUUUUAUUCAAUUUGAAUGCUUAUGACGAUAAUUCAAUUUGAACCCAAAUGUAUAACUACAAAGAAAAAUCCAUAGAUUCUCCGCCCUAUAGAACACUACAGGGGAACCCCUGAUGGUAACUUUGAUCCAUUCUUGAACAACCUCACCAGCAUACAGUUAAAUUUACUCUUGUGCACAUGGGAAGACCCUCUUCUGCUAAAAGUUACAGUCAAAAAAAAAAAAAAAAAAUUGACUGCUAUAUGAAAAGAUUGGAUCUUUAUUUCCAUCCCUCAAAAACUCCAAAAUAUCUUGAUCUUUUCUUUGUUGUCUCAUUCUAUUUAGCUUGAAAGCAACCUUUCUCCAUUUUACAAUCAUUGGUCAUUGAUCAAACAAUCAUUACAAAGCCAAAGCUUUGGAUUUACUGUUUGGAUAGUCGUAUAGGGGAUGGAGUGGUAAAGUGAGUUAUGAUCAUAGAGCACUAGUUAUUGAUGGAAAGAGGAGGGUUUUGCAGUCUGGCUCUAUUCAUUAUCCUAGAACCACCCCUGAGGUGUGGCCAGAUAUUAUUCGGAAGUCAAAAGAAGGCGGAUUGGACGUAAUAGAGACUUAUGUCUUUUGGAACUAUCACGAACCUGUGAAAGGACAGGUAAUAUGUUUGUAUGAAAUUUGAUUUUGUUAUUAUCAGUUCUACUAUCAGCGAAUAUAGAGGAUCGCUUGGAACUUGCCACAUUAUAUGUUGGGACUGCAAGCUGAUUGUCUGGAAAUUUGUAUGCAACUUACGCUGUACAGCUUAUUCAGAUAUUCUUGAAUGGAAGUUGGCUGGAGAAAACUUUACUAUUUUGAAGGCAGGUUUGACCUGGUGAGGUUCGUCAAAACAAUUCAGGAAGCUGGUCUUCUAGUUCAUUUGAGGAUUGGACCAUAUGCCUGUGCUGAAUGGAAUUACGGGGGUUUCCCACUUUGGUUACACUUCAUACCUGGGAUUCAGUUUCGAACGACUAACGAACUAUUCAAGGAGGAAAUGAAGCUUUUUCUUACAAAAAUUGUAAAUAUGAUGAAGGAAGAGAAUCUAUUUGCAUCACAGGGAGGGCCAAUCAUUCUUGCUCAGGUUGAGAAUGAAUAUGGGAAUGUUGAAUGGGCAUAUGGGGCUGCAGGAGAGUUAUAUGUCAAAUGGGCCGCAGAAACUGCUGUUAGUCUGAAUACCAGUGUACCUUGGGUGAUGUGCGCACAAGUUGACGCUCCUGAUCCAAUUAUAAAUACAUGCAAUGGAUUCUACUGUGAUCGGUUUUCUCCAAAUUCUCCUUCCAAACCAAAAAUGUGGACUGAGAAUUAUAGUGGAUGGUUUCUUUCAUUUGGUUAUGCAAUUCCAUAUCGACCUGUUGAGGAUCUAGCUUUUGCUGUUGCUCGCUUUUUCGAGACAGGUGGUACUUUUCAAAACUACUAUAUGUAUUUUGGUGGAACCAACUUUGGAAGAACAGCUGGAGGUCCUUUGGUGGCAACAAGCUAUGAUUAUGAUGCCCCGAUCGAUGAGUAUGGAUUUAUUAGACAGCCAAAGUGGGGUCACUUACGCGAUCUGCACAAGGCAAUAAAGCAGUGUGAAGAACAUUUGAUCAGCUCAGAUCCAAUCCACCAGCAGCUCGGCAAUAACUUAGAGGCACACAUCUACUAUAAAUCUUCGAAUGAUUGUGCAGCCUUUCUUGCUAAUUAUGACAGUAGUUCAGAUGCCAAUGUUACAUUCAAUGGAAAUAUAUACUUUCUUCCUGCUUGGUCUGUGAGCAUACUUCCAGAUUGCAAGAAUGUUAUUUUUAACACAGCCAAGGUUGUCUCACAAAGGAACCUCGGCGAUGAUUUUUUUGCUCAUUCAACCUCUGUUAAUGAAAUUCCGCUGGAACAAAUAGUGUGGAGUUGGUAUAAAGAAGAAGUGGGCAUUUGGGGUAACAACUCAUUUACAGCUCCAGGUUUAUUAGAACAGAUUAAUACAACAAAAGAUAUCAGUGAUUUCUUAUGGUACUCAACCAGUAUCAGUGUGAAUGCUGAUCAAGUGAAAGAUAUCAUUCUGAAUAUUGAGAGUUUGGGGCAUGCAGCACUAGUUUUUGUGAACAAAGUACUUGUAGCAUUUAGAUAUGGAAAUCAUGAUGACGCAAGCUUUUCACUCACUGAGAAGAUUAGUCUUAUUGAAGGAAAUAAUACAUUAGAUUUAUUAAGUAUGAUGAUAGGUGUACAGAACUAUGGCCCGUGGUUUGAUGUUCAAGGAGCUGGAAUUUAUGCCGUUCUGCUUGUUGGCCAAAGUAAGGUCAAAAUUGACCUUUCUUCUGAGAAAUGGACCUAUCAGGUAGGACUUGAAGGGGAAUACUUUGGACUGGAUAAAGUUAGUCUUGCAAAUAGUUCACUUUGGACUCAGGGGGCUUCUCCACCUAUUAAUAAGAGUCUGAUAUGGUACAAGGGUACUUUUGUUGCUCCGGAAGGGAAAGGUCCUUUAGCCUUAAAUCUUGCAGGCAUGGGGAAGGGUCAGGCUUGGGUCAAUGGACAGAGCAUAGGACGAUAUUGGCCUGCCUACCUCUCACCAUCAACAGGUUGCAAUGAUAGUUGUGAUUAUAGAGGAGCGUAUGAUUCAUUUAAAUGUCUUAAGAAAUGUGGUCAGCCUGCUCAAACACUGUAUCAUAUUCCACGGACUUGGGUUCAUCCUGGUGAAAACCUACUAGUCCUACAUGAAGAGCUAGGCGGUGACCCUUCAAAAAUUUCUGUGCUAACACGAACUGGACAUGAGAUAUGUUCAAUUGUGUCAGAGGACGAUCCACCACCAGCUGACUCGUGGAAAUCAAGCUCAGAGUUCAAGUCACAAAACCCUGAAGUUCGACUUACCUGUGAACAAGGAUGGCACAUUAAAUCUAUUAACUUUGCUAGUUUUGGAACUCCUGCUGGAAUCUGUGGUACAUUCAAUCCAGGAAGUUGUCAUGCCGAUAUGUUAGACAUUGUUCAAAAGGCUUGCAUUGGUCAGGAAGGAUGUUCAAUCUCCAUAUCAGCUGCCAACCUUGGUGACCCUUGCCCUGGAGUUCUCAAAAGAUUUGCAGUUGAAGCUCGUUGCAGUGAGUAAUUCCAGUUCCUACUCUAAAGAAGCCACGGCUAUGGCCUUUUGAUUAUUCGGUCAAAAGUGGCAUUACUAUUUUGGAACCUGUAAAAUUCUCGCAGUUCUCCAAACCCAGCCUAGUUUGUUAUGAAUUCAAACAAGCUAAAUAAGUAUAGCAUUCAUGAAUUUCUGCACCA